AUGAGACUUAGGUCAUUGCUUAUGCAAUGGUGGAAAUGGAGACAAAGGACUCUUGGGACUUGGAAAAAAGGAUUGUCUGGAGCAUUUGAAGAUGUAGUACCUAAUGUUGAGCAUCGUUUUUGUGCUAAGCAUCUCUUCAGCAAGUACAUAAAACUGUACAAGGGCAAGACACUUAAGGACGUGUACUGGGGUUAUGCAAGAGCCAAUGUAGUUAAGUAA